GACCUCCUGCGUGCCCCUGACAGCCUGCGCGAGACUGUGCAGGCUACACCACGCUCUCGGGUCGGUGUGUGGAGGUGGCGUACAACGGAAGCACGCGCAUGCCGUUGUGAGGACGUUCAGCGGGGAGAGAGACAAAAAGAGCCCGUCCGUCAGUGCUUGUCCCCCGGUGUGGAUGUGGAGACCCGGCGGGGGGAGAGAGAGAGACAGAGAAGACCGCGGCUGUAAAACUCUUCAUCCUCAGCCUGUGACGGAGCGCGUUUCACCGAGAGUCCUCUCCAGGUGCUCAUCUUAAAAUCUGGCCCUCAUCUCGGGCCUGAGUGGACGGGUGCUCCCCCCUCAGUAGAGAGCACCAUGACCCAGGAGGGGCAGGCUCUGCCCUCUCCCACCCCAUCAGAGAACCCAGCAGAGGCCAGUGCAACCACCACCACCGACUCACCCACAGAGACCCCCAACCUGACUGAGCAGGACAAGCCGGGGGCCGAGGAGGGGAAACAACAAGAGGAGAUCAGAGAAGGGGAUGAGGAGGCACAGGGGGAGACACAUGGGGAAGGAGAGGGGAGAGCAGAAGCAGAGGAGGGGGAGUUGAAAGAGGGGAGGUUAGAUAGCAGUGGAGGUGAAGAUCAGCAGACAGAUGGAGGGGUGGAGGGAGAGAGGGAAGGCACAAGAGUGGAUGGAUGCAGAAAUUCUGAGGCAAUCUCAACAAGGGAAGAGGCAGCAGCACAUGAGGUGGAAGAGAUGAAAGAGGAAGAGGAGGGGAAAGAUAAUGAAGAGAUGCAACUGUCGACAGAGGAGGCAACACACCCUCAACAAGCUGGGCGACUUGCAAACGGCAUAGGUGGGAAUGAAGACGAAGAUGAAGCUGGUGAGGAGGAAGGAGGAGAGGAAGCAGGGACUCAUACAAACUUGGAUGCUUUCAGCUCUAACUUUGAGAUGAAUGUAGAACAAGCUGGUACAGAAGUGGAGGAAGAGGAGGAAGAGGUCCAGACAGAGGGAGAUGGAAGAGGAACCCAGGACAGUUUCAGCUCGGCAUUCGAGCAGAUUGUUGAGCAGGUUGACGUUCAGGAGCAAGACGAGGAGGAAGAGGACAGGGAGUGUGAGGAGGAGAGGGAGAAAGGUAGGGUGGACAACAAAGAUGGCUUCAGCUCCACGUUCGAGCGCAUCGUGGAGUCCGCCCUGCUGAGGGGGGGAACCUGCUACAGCAGUCUGGACUCUCUGGAUGUGCUGUCACUCACAGACGAGACAGACAGCUGUGUCAGCUUCGAGGCGCCACUGACACCGCUCAUCCAACAGAGGGCGCUGUUACAGGGCCCUGAACCUUUGGAGCUGGAGCUUGAAACCGUUCAGGAGCAAGAAGGGGCUGAGGCUGGACCAGAUGCCCCAGGUGCUGGAGAGACCACUGUCCGUGGAGGUGGAGCUUUGGCAGCAGGAGGAAGCCCACUGAGGACCACCAUAACAGGGAGCAGAUCAGAGUUUGUGCUGAGCCAGCCUGGACGCUGGGCUAUACCUAAUGGAUACCAUGCAGAUUCCCAGGGAGCCAUUGAGGGUUGUGGAGCCAUGAUCAAUUCUCUCAGUGAUGCCAGCCUCACAGACGGCCUGUCUGACUCGGAGGAGUGUAAUUUGGGCAGUCUGGAGCAUUUGGAGCGCGGCAGCACCGACACUCUGGCCAAUGGCUGCCGAGCCGACUAUGAGGCCGCCAAGAGGCUUGCCAAGCGCCUCUAUCACCUCGAGGGCUUCAAACGCUGUGACGUGGCCAGACACCUGGGCAAGAAUAAUGACUUCAGCCAAUUGGUGGCUUCAGAGUACCUGAGUUUCUUCGAUCUCUCUGGCCUGUCUCUGGAUCGAGCCCUGAGAAACUUCUUGAAGGCCUUUCCACUGAUGGGAGAGACCCAGGAGAGAGAGAGGGUCCUGGUCCACUUCUCCAGACGCUUCUGCCUCUGCAACCCACACACAUCCUCCUCAGAAGAUGGAGCCCACACAUUAACCUGUGCUCUCAUGCUGCUUAACACUGACCUACAUGGACAUAACAUUGGGAAGAAGAUGUCCUGCCAACAGUUUAUCAGUAACCUAGACGGCCUCAACAACGGCAAAGACUUUCCCAAAGACUUAUUAAAGGUUUUAUAUAACUCAAUCAAGAAUGAGAAGCUUGAGUGGGCAGUCGAGAAGGAAGAGCUGAGGAAGAGCCUGUCGGAGCUGGUGGAGGAGCAGUGCGAGGGCGGGUGCAAACGUGUUACCAGGGUAACGGACGGCAAUAACCCUUUCAUUGCAAUCCCCAUUUUCUUGAACGCCGUCACCUACAAACACGGAGUGCUGACCCGCAAGAGCCACGCUGACAUGGAUGGCAAACGCACCCCGAGGGGUCGCCGCGGUUGGAAGAAGUUCUACGCGGUUCUGAAAGGGAUGAUCCUGUAUCUCCAGAAGGAUGAGUACAAACCAGACGCUGACAUAUCAGAGGUGGACCUGAAGAACGCAGUGCGAAUCCAUCACUCGUUAGCCACUCGUGCCACUGACUACAGCAAGAGAGCCAACGUACUGAAGCUAAAAACGUCAGACUGGAGAGUGUAUCUGCUGCAGGCCCCGAGUGAGGAGGAGAUGAUGUCCUGGAUCUUCCGGAUAAACCUGGUGGCGGCGCUGUUCUCAGCCCCAGCCUUCCCCGCUGCAAUCGGCUCCAUGAAGAAAUUCUGCCGACCAAUCCUGCCUUCUUCAUCCACCCGACUCAACCAGGACGAGCAGCUGCUGAGUCACGAGAACAAGAUGAAGCAGAUGAGCCUGGAGCUGGAGGAGCACCGGAAAAACACACCCUCAGUUGACCCCAAAAGCCGGGAGUGGGAGGAGCACAGGCUUAAAGAGCACUACCUGACGUAUGAGAAGACUCGGUAUGAGACGUACAUCGGCCUCCUGCAGGCCAAGCUUCGUGCUGAGACGGACGACCUUGAGAAGAUCGAGGCGAGCGUGAUGGGGAGCCUGAUCAUGGAGGGUGGCCUGGCCAGCCGCGAGUGCCACCUCCGCAAGACGCAGUCCUCCCCGUCCAUCAGCCAGGCUCACAGCGGAACGAACGGAAGAGCCGCUGAAUGCACUACCCCAGGACAGAGGAGCUGAGGGGAAGGAGGAGCAGGAUGCGCCAUGGCCCGCAAACGCAACAUCCCUCUAAGCCAAACAACAGUAGUUUAAUAACUCCUCACUGGGUUCUUUGUUAGUGUUCCUCCCUUUUACUUACAGUAAGAGAGAGUGGGCAGGAACAGGAGAAACAUUUGUCACUGCCCCUCCCAGAAUUGAUCAACCCCGGUGAUAGGUUUCUGUCUUUGAGCAAUAGAUGAAGAGGAUGAAGAGCCCAACCCCCCGAUCCCCAACGAGUGACCCUGUCAAACCUCAUUUCUCUGAACAUUUAUUAUUGCACAUGAAAUCGAUCAUAACUGUGAUCUAAAACCUUCAUCAGUAUUAUUUUUAAAACUCUGAGCGAUGCAGCUGUCUCUCGUUGACACUUUCUUUUUGUUUUCGUCAUUAGCAGAGGUUUGAGUAUUUUUUAACGUAUUAGUUAAAGGCCAGAAAGAGAACAAAGAAAGAGACGGACUGCUUUCUGGCCUGUCCUUUAUCAGACAGAGACUGUCAUGGACAAGGUGGACAUGGUACUACUGUAGCAUUUUGGCCUUUUUCCCACCCAUGUAAACACACCGCAGCCGCUCACAGGCGUAUGUAUGGACCUACACGUGUGUGAAGACACAACAUAUCUGUUCCUGGAGUUAUCAAAAACUCUCAAGAGAACUUCUCAGAAGGAUCGAGUCUCUGCCAUGUAUAGCAUAUUUAUUUAUUUAUUUAAUUAUCCUUUAUUCAGCCCAGGGAGAGUUCACAUAGAGUGGACACUCGAUUGCCACAGUCGUACAGUAACAUACGGUAAAUCCCUAUACAUAACGGAGCUGCCACGUGGAUCUAUGGUUUUAACUGAGCUGUUUCACCAGAGAAACUGGAGGUUGAGUGCCUUACCCAAGGGCACCUCGGCACUAGCUGUCACACACUCGUCAGAAAGAACACAAGUCUGCUUACGUGAAUUUUGAGCUGCCGCUGCCCCUAGAUACUGACACGUAUCCAAUGAUUCUCCUCUGGAAAAACCUAAAAAGGAUGUGAAUGAAUGAAAGCACUGUCAUUUAUCCCACAAUUGUCUCUUCUUGUCUCAGCUGAUACAUAACAACAUAAUGCUGUCUGUGAGGUUUCUAAAGAUUGACGUGAAGUGCAGAGCAGGAACCUGUGGGUGAGAGGUAUACAGUGUGAGUGGGUCAUCUUCUGUGUGUGUGGGCAUCUGCUUGCUUAUUACAGUAGAUGAGAUGUUGUAGCUGUAGGCGACAGGAAGAAGUAAAUAUAGCAGGGUGAUGUCUGAAUGAACAAUAUAUUGAGCAUGUUCGGUCAGAAAGUGUCCACUGGGCUUAUUCUUCUGAAUAAGACUGUCGUCAAAACCCGGCCUUGAUCUUUCAAAAGCAUCUUCAGCACAAAGGCAGCCGUCAUCUGAGCCUAACCCUCCCUACUAUAAGAUUGUGUACUGUCAUUCAAAGCUGUUAUUUUAACGUAUUAAAACUACCUAGUGUUGCUUUAAACAGAAAAUCUAAACGACGACUUCUUUAUUACGUGACUUGGACCUAUUAUAGCUUGUUUGACCUUGUAUUGGACAUUUCCUGGUACUGUUGUUUUCCUCCUGCUGCCAUCAUUCCCUGCAGAUGAAGAUGUUUUUGAGAAAACAGGCCCCGGUCUGUCUUAGACAGUGACUGGCUGAUUGGCGAGUGUAGCAGCAGGACUGCCUGGGCUUAGGGUACUAAAGUCAAGAAACCUGUCAGCAUUCUGGAGAGCAGAGAGGAAGAGUAGCAAAACAGCUCCACAUGGGUGACGAAGAGGAGGAGGAGAGACAUGUUUUUUAAGAAGAAGAGACUGGUUAGGCUUUCUUAGUAAGACCGCAUCUGGCAGCCAAGAAUAGGCAAAACAGACAUCCAGCUCAUUUUUCCAAGGAGAGGAACACAUGGAAGGAGGACUUGUUAAUGUUCAGAGGAGCUGGGGAGAGGGUGGGAGGGAAGGCUACGGCUGUUUGUGAGCACCUUAAUUGAUCCUUACCCCCUCCACCACACCCACACACACACACACACACACAAACAUGCACAUACCUCUUUCUACAUAAUUUGUUUAUGACACAACUGUAGACCAUUGAGCUUAGUCCCCCUCCUCGCUCAGCCUCAGCGUGGCACAGAAGUAAUUACCAGAGCUGUGGAUCCACAGUGAGAAUAAUCACACAGUAUCUGGACGCCGUGCUUCUGCUGCUUCGAAUAUCAUAGUAUUAGUGACCAAUCGGAUCUGAGAUCCCUUUGAGACUUGGCUGGAAACCUUGGAACCACAACUGGAAUCCUUGAACUGGAUCCUUGUACAGACCAAAAUGCUGAAGCAGAGCUGAGUUUUGAGAGAGGAAGUACUGUUUUUAUAAAGCUGUAUCGAUAGAAUAAAACUGCUUUCUUACAGGGAGACUUCCCCUAAUAGUCACUUUGCCUGUUGUGCUAACCAUUGUUUCCCAAUGUUCUAGGAUAGGCCUGUGCCGUAAUAUAGGAUUGUGACAAAAACAGUUAUUGAUUGUUAUGUUUAUUUAAAAAAUGACAACUUCGGCACUUUGAUGUCAGCAAUGGAUCCUUCUGUUGGUUUUGUUUGUAUAUCUGAACUGUUUUUGACAGGAUGCUCAUACUAUGUAAAGAACAUAUUUACUGAAUAUUUAGUCUGUGCUUCAUAAAGUAAGCUUUUAUACAGAU